UGUGUGUGUGUGUGUGUGAAUGGACAGUGUCAGCCCACAGUUUCCUGUGUGUAUGUUCUGUUCUGUCAGUGUUUCUCUUCUUCUUCUUCUUUUGAGAGUAAAGAUGAAGCUGCUGGACGUGUGUGUGUUUCUCCUGCUCAACAUCGGACUCGCCGCUGCGCAACAGAGUGAAAAUGUGUGUUAUGUUCUGGACGGGAUCCUGAUCGUUUACGGGAUUGUGCUGACGGUGCUUUACUGCAGAUUAAAGAUCCGUUCGUCUUCUCAGAGCAGCUACUCUGAGGCCGAUGGAGACCUCUAUCAGGAUCUGGGCCGGAGAGAUGCAGACACCUACGACACGCUCCACGGCAUGAAGAAAAAACCUCUCGCUUAAAAAACACUGAAAACCGUGUUUCUGUUUGUAGUCCAGCAAACGACGGCAGUUUUUACUCUAUCAAUUUUGCUGUAACCAUGUCCCACAUUAACAAAUACUGUAGUGCUUUAUAGCUGUGCUGUGAAGUGUAUGAAUGUGGUAUUUAAUGAAUGCUUUAGCUAUGGUGAACUGAUAAUCUGAGCAAAAUACUGUAGUAAACUUUAGAUUUUCUUCAGAAAAUGUGAUGUAUUGUAGUAUAAUAUAGAGUACAGCACUGGAUCAUUUGUUAUAUGGUUGUUGUGUGACCAUAGCAGUUUUUACUGAGUGUCUUUAAGAUAAACCCUGCAGCUCAUGUACAAGGCUUCUAAAUUCAAGUUAAUUAAAUUGUGUUUCUAAUUUGAACAGUG